GGGAGCUGGAGGCUGGAGCGAGGGAAGAGCGCGGAGCUGCCGGAUCCGGCGCCGGAGGCGAUGCUCGCCUGGCUGUACGAUGUAACCGGCUGACAGCUCCUUUGGGAGGCGCCGUCGGGGGGGUCCAAGCAGCCGGGCGCGAACGCCUCCCGUCUUUUUCUUUCCCAAGCCCUCCCGUCUUUUUUCAUUUGAAAAAGCGGCGAGGGAGCCCCGUUUCUUUCUGCCCCCGUCGGGCGCUGGUGCCAUGGGGCUGCCGACGCUGGAGUUCAGCGACUCCUACUUGGACAGCCCGGAUUUCAGGGAGAGGCUGAAAUGCCACGAAGUGGAGCUGGAGCGGACCAACAAGUUCAUCAAAGAGCUGAUCAAGGACGGCAGCCUUCUCGUCGGCGCCCUCCGGAAUCUAUCCAUGGCUGUACAAAAAUUUUCCCAGUCGCUUCAAGAUUUUCAGUUUGAGUGCAUUGGAGAUGCUGAAACAGAUGAUGAAAUUAGCAUCGCCCAGUCAUUGAAGGAAUUUGCCCGCUUAUUGAUUGCAGUGGAAGAGGAGAGGAGACGUUUGAUCCAGAACGCUAAUGACGUUUUAAUUGCGCCACUGGAGAAGUUUCGUAAAGAACAGAUAGGGGCAGCAAAAGAAGGAAAGAAGAAGUUUGACAAAGAAAGUGAAAAAUACUAUUCUACUCUAGAGAAGCACUUAAAUUUGUCGGCAAAGAAAAAAGAGUCACACCUGCAAGAUGCAGACUCCCAGAUCGACCGAGAGCAUCAAAAUUUUUAUGAAGCUUCCUUAGAAUAUGUCUUUAAGAUCCAAGAAGUUCAAGAGAGAAAAAAGUUUGAGUUUGUUGAGCCGCUUUUGGCAUUUCUUCAGGGAUUAUUUACUUUUUAUCAUGAGGGAUAUGAACUUGCCCAGGAGUUCGCGCCAUACAAGCAGCAGCUGCAGUUCAAUUUGCAGAAUACACGGAAUAAUUUUGAAAGCACAAGGCAGGAAGUCGAACGACUGAUGCAGAGAAUGAAGUCAGCUAGCCAAGAUUACAGGCCACCGAGCCAGUGGACAAUGGAAGGUUAUCUCUACAUUCAAGAGAAACGACCUCUUGGAUUCACCUGGAUAAAACAUUACUGUACUUAUGACAAAGGGACAAAAACAUUCACAAUGAGUAUUUCUGAAGCAAAGUCUGGGGGGAAAGUAAAUGGUCUUGUACCAAGUACUCCAGAAAUCUUCAAGUUGAAAUCCUGCAUCCGGAGAAAGACAGAUUCAAUUGACAAACGUUUCUGUUUUGAUAUUGAAGUAGUUGAAAGACAUGGCAUCAUUACACUUCAGGCUUUUUCUGAAUCCAACAGGAAGCUCUGGCUGGAAGCUAUGGAUGGGAAAGAACCAAUUUAUACUUUGCCAGCUAUUAUUAGCAAGAAAGAAGAAAUGUUCCUAAAUGAAGCUGGUUUUAACUUUGUUAGAAAAUGCAUUCAUGCUGUGGAGACGAGAGGGAUCACGAUCCUAGGGUUGUACAGAAUAGGUGGUGUGAAUUCCAAAGUUCAGAAGCUGAUGAAUACCAUAUUUUCUCCUAAAUCUCCUCCUGACAUAGACAUUGAUCUUGAAAUUUGGGACAAUAAAACUAUAACAAGUGGGCUAAAGAACUACCUCAGGUGUCUCGCAGAGCCACUGAUGACCUACAAGUUGCACAAGGAUUUCAUUGUUGCAGUUAAGUCUGACGAUCAAAAUUACAGAGUGGAAGCAGUGCAUGCGCUUGUUCACAGACUGCCAGAAAAAAACCGAGAGAUGCUGGACAUCCUUAUCAAGCACUUGGUCAAGGUAUCAUUACACAGUCAGCAAAACCUCAUGACGGUGUCCAACCUCGGAGUUAUAUUUGGCCCCACGCUGAUGCGAGCCCAGGAAGAGACAGUAGCUGCUAUGAUGAAUAUCAAGUUUCAGAAUAUUGUGGUUGAAAUUCUCAUCGAGCAUUACGAGAAGAUAUUCCACACAGCCCCAGAUCCCAACAUUCCUCUUCCACAGCCUCAGUCUCGAUCAGGGUCAAGGAGGACGAGAGCAAUCUGCCUCUCCACGGGCCCUCGCAAACCCAGAGGGCGAUACACUCCAUGCCUUGCAGACCCAGACAGUGAUUCAUACAGUAGCAGUCCAGACAGCACUCCCAUGGGCAGCAUUGAAUCACUCUCCUCUCACUCAUCAGAACAAAACAGCACCACCAAAUCUGCAUCUUCUCAACCCAGGGAAAAAGCGGGAGGAGUUCCAUGGAUUGCCUCGUCCCCUUCUUCCAACGGGCAGAAGAAUUCAGGCCUUUGGACUACCAGUCCCGAAUCCUCCUCGAAGGAGGAUGCAGCGAAAACGGAUGUAGAGUCUGACUGUCAGAGCGUUGCCUCCAUCACUGGUCCAGAGAAUGCAUCUCCACCAACGGGCCUGACCAAAAAAGGACUGUAUAGUCUCUCUGGGAUGAAAAAAUCGACAGCUUCGUCCAUUAGGUCAAUCCCUUCCGCUGAAGGUAGCAAAAGCUGCAGCAGUUCGGUACAGAGUUUAACUUCUCUAGAUGGCCGAGAGACCCCAAAGGCUCCCGCAAACCCAGACCUGCCACCGAAGAUGUGUCGAAGAUUGCGAUUAGAAACAACGUCCAGUAAUGGCUAUCAGAGGCCGGGGUCUGUGGUGGCGGCCAAGGCCCAGCUGUUUGAAAGUGGUGGCUCGCUGAAGCAGGCUCCCUCAGGAAGGCAAGCCAAGGCGAUGUAUUCCUGCAAAGCUGAACACAGCCAUGAACUCUCUUUCCCUCAGGGAGCAAUAUUUUCCAAUGUGUAUCCAUCUGUGGAACCGGGAUGGUUAAAAGCAACCUAUGAAGGCAAAACGGGACUCGUUCCAGAGAAUUACGUUGUCUUUCUCUAGUAACAGUUAGCAGACAGCAGUAUCUUCAUGGUAUCCAUGGUAACAAGCAAUAAGCACUAUGAUUUUCUUCUAUCUGACAUAGAUACGGGGAUCUGUCAGUUAGCCCCUGCAGGUGGUUGAUUUCCGACGACUUCUGCAGUGGCAAAUUAUGUAGCGCCUUACAAGUGGGACAGAAUCCAAGGAAAAUAAUCAACAGGAUGUUUUGCUUUGUUUUUAAUUUUUCUGUUUUUAAAACAUGGUACUGUUUUUAGGCAUCUCCAUUGGUAACCAGAAGUUCAUUUUAUUUUUAAAGAAGACAACAGAUCAGCCAGAAAUUCAAAAUCAAAGACUGCUGCCUGGGAGAUUUGCCUUUUUGAGUGAUCAGUUGGUCCAAGCCAUUUCAAGAAUUUACUAUGAAAAUGCUUGUGUAAACUUUUUGAGAAAUGUCUGUAGUGGUCACAGUUCGCAAAGUGAACGUAAGUCAUGUGUUGGGCCGCAGAUCCUUUCACUCGACAUCAGUUAAUCAAAAUGUGAUCUCCCCCCCCCCCCCCGCCAGUUUUUAAAAGGAACUUUUUGCAAUGGAAAUGCUACAUAGAAGUGUUUUUCCCAUCUUUGCUAGUGCAUAUUUUAUCGGUAUAAUUAUUAAUAAAUUAUAUUCAUAGCAUCUGUCUGCCCUGAAACAUUGUGCUCCUGAAUCAGAGGACCAAUCAUAUUAAUAAAAAUGUUUGGUUUUUUAAAAAUUAAUUUUGCUCUUGGAUCUUUUGAAAUGGAUGAAAUCAGGGCACUGAUUGAGUAAAAAAGCACUAAUUAAUAUAAAUAUGAUCCUGAAAUUCAAUGGAUCUAAAAGCAAAGAGGCAAGAAACAGAAAAUAAAAUCCUACAUAAUACCUACCAUACGGCGUGAAUCAGCUUGAAGUUGUUUGGAUUUUUCUCUUAUGAAUUAGACAGGUGUCUUGCAAAAUAACAUGUUUCAUGAGCUGUACAUUCCGAAAACUUUAUUCGGUACAGCUGUGAGUGGCAUCUAUAUGGAGUGAGCUUUUGCUUACUUGGAAACUGAAACAUUUGCCACUGAAUGCAAAGCAGGGGAAAACUUCUGUGGGUGCUGUUUUGCACUGUCAGUUCUGCUUUAGAGGGCAUCAGUUUUGCAUCUGUUUUGUUAACAUUAAUGGAUAUGAGAAAUCCUUACACAAAUGACAGAGGCAAUGAAUUCACACAAGCAUGCCUGUCCCUGUCAGUGCAGUCCUAAAUAGUGUUACAUCCUUCUAAGCUUAUUGACUUCAGUGGACUUAGAAAGGUAUAACUCUGCUUAGGGUUCCAUUGUUUAUGUCUCUUGAUUCAGACUUGGUCUGAGCAUGCAGUAGAAUUAAGUGGUAAUUAAAGGUAAAGGUAGUCCCCUGUGCAAGCACCGAGUCAUUGCUGACCCACAGGGGGACGUCGCAUCACGACGUUUUCUUGGCAGACUUUUUGUAAUUGGGUAGUUUGCCAUUGCCUUUCCCAGGAAACUGGGUACUCAUUUUACCAACCUUGGAAGGAUGGAAGGCUGAGUCAACCUUGAACCGGCUACUUGAACCCAGCUUCUGCCAGGAUCGAUCUCAGGUCGUCAGCAGAGCUGUACUGCAGCUUACCACUUGAAUAACAAGAUGCUAUAGUCCUUGCUUGGAACUGUACCACUUCAUACUUCUUUUGUGCCUCACCUUUUUGAAAGUUUGUCUUUUUUUAAAAAGUCCCUGCAAGAAGAAAACUAGCUCAGCUUGAACAUUUCUAUCUGAUGUAGUAAUUUUUUUCUUGCAGGGAGUUUUUGCGAUGGAGAGGCACCCCUCACCCGCAGUCACUUCCACCACCAUAUUCUGCUGCCUGUGUAUACCAGACCUCUGAAUCAAAGCUGAAAAUGUAAAGUGCCUGCUCUGAAAAUGCUUGUAUUGGUAGUAAUGUGAAUGGGGGGUGUUCAGUUUCGGUCAUAUGCUCAUCUUGCCAUUUGAUGCUCAGAUCAGCUAGCGAGGCCUGUGCAGUCUGGGCUCACUCUUUGUCAUCUUCACCAACCCUGGCUUCCAAGGAAGAAACAAACAGCAAGUAAGCCAUGGCAAGGCAAAGCAAAGCUUGGUUGAAGUCUUCUGAAACCAGGAAGCUCUCGAUUGAUCAUACUCUGCAUGUAGGCAAAGGGAGAGUGAGUGUUGCAAACAAGUUGUGUUUGUGCUGUUCCCAACCAAACAGAUUUCUUGUAAUGUCUGAACGUGGCCACAGAGUUACUUUCAUAUGACUUCAGCUUAUGGUAGGGAGGGAAUUGUGAUUUCCCUUCAAUCUCCAAUCCUUGAAUUAUCUAUAAUGGCCUUAUGUUUGCUGCAGUUUGUUGCAAAUGUGAGGGAUUUACCCCCCCAAAAAGAGUAUAGUUCUAUAUGGUUAUGAUGGUGACAUUGAAAAAGAACAGUGGACAUUUGCCAUGUGAGAAGAAUUCGUUAGAAAUUGCCUGUAUUCUGUGUCACAUGCCAUUUAUCCACCAAGAACAGUGCCGUAAAUUCUCCUUUUGAGCUGAUAUGCUGAAAUUGACCGAUCACUUCACUAUAUGGGAAGCACAUUAUCUGCCAGCAGCACAUCUUUAGGCUGCUUGCCGUGCCAAAUGUUCUUGCCACGGCAAGAACAUUCUUACGAUGUUUUUUUUUUUCUUACGAUGGAGUUUUUUUGUGACAAUUGUUCAGUGAAGCCCGGAGUUAUCACUGAAGUGCUUAGAAGGUACCAGUUUGUUCUUGUGCCAUCUUCCAGUGCUCCACUUAUGCAACUUAACCUGCCAGGGUAACUGUUGGUUUCUUUCUAGAGAAAAUUGUUCCCAGUAGCUGUGAUCCUGAGAUAUAUAACGGGUUGGACACUAUGAAAUGUGAACUGAAAGAGUUCAUGGAAUGGAUCCCUUCCCUUUCUCCUUUCCCGGAAGAGAAAUUGGCAGGAAUCACUUCCCUCACUUCUUGCGCAAACUCUUCUGUGCUCAGAGCAAAAACUUUUACAAGAAUGUAAGGGAGUGAAUUUGGUUCACAGCAGCUUCUUUUGCCUUGCUCUGUUCCUAAGGAUCCCUUGACCUUCUGAAGCAGCUUUCAGAGGUUGCAGGAGACUUUGGGGGGCAUUCUGCAAGCACUUUCCAUUCACAGUUGGACCCAAAUUUAUUGAUAUAUAAAUAUCAGUAAUGCCCCUUAUCUUUAGUUUUAAUUGCCUUCUUUUUUUCUUUCUUUUUAAACCAAUCGUUUGUAUUACUUUUUGUAGAGAAUAGUGGUUAAGAGCGGCAGGACUCUAAUCUGGAGAACCAGGUUUGAUUCCCCAAUCCUCUGCUUGAAGCCAGUAGGGUAACCUUGGGUCAGUCACAGCUCUCCCAGAGCUCUCUCAGCCUCAUCCACCUCACAGGGUGGUUGUCGUGAGGAUAAUAAUUUUGUAAACCGCUCUGAGUGGGCGUUAAGUUAUCCUGAAGGGCGGUAUAUAAAUUGAAUGUUAUUGUUAUGUUAUUAUUAAAUAUGGCACAGGACUGUAAAUGAAGAUUCAUUAAAAACACACACACACUAUAAUGUAUUGGCCCAGAACGUUUGAAGUUUUCUGUAGGAUUGCCAAGAAAGCAAUAAAUAACCAUUUCAGCAGUCAAAAAAUAGCAUUAUAAUUUGAAUUCCCCUCCCCCUCUCCUUGCUUGUGACCUAUGUUUGAUGUUAGAUCAUCAAAGAUUCCCUAGGAUAAUUUUGUGAUGUGUGAAAGAAGCUGGAUAAACAGGGUAGGGCAACGGGAUCCAAACGAUCAAGAGUCAAGAUGCCCCUUCUACUUAUUUUACAUACUGCAAUAUUAGCAUGAAGAAGACACCCAUGUUGGCUCUCUAACAGUGAGAUUCUAAGCAGAGUUACAGCCUUCUAAGCCCAUUGAAGUCAGUGGGUUUAGAAAGGUGUAACUGGUUAUUAUUUAUUUAUUUAUUUAUUUAAAACAUUUCUCUGCUGCCCUUCCACCCAAAUAGGGUCAAAAACAUUUUUUAAAAAAAUCAAACAAUUCAACAUAAACAUAAAAACUCAACUGGGAAGAAAGGCAGGUAAGAGUUACUAGGGGUACACCGAAGUUAACAAGUCUUCACCUGCUUGCAGUUUGCUUCCAGACAACUGUUCGGUUUCCACAGCCUACCUGGGGUCUGCUGGAAACAUAAGACUGAGCAGAGUAUCAUCUGCAUGGCGGUGGCAACUGAGCCAAAAUCUCUGGGUGACCUCUCCAAACAGCUUUACAUAGAUGUUGAAAAGCGCGGGGGAACAAGAUGGAGCUUUGUGGAACCUGGUAGGGCAAAGGCCAAGGGCCAGAGCAGCAGUCUUCCAGCACAACGCUUGCCUUUGACGCAGGAUCAACUGUACUGUAGAACAAUGUCUUCCAGUCCCAACCCCAAAAGGUGAUCCAGAAGGAUGUCAUGAUCAAUGGUAUCAAAAGCCACCAAGAGUUCCAGGGGGAUUAAUAGGGUCACUCUCUCCCCCUGUCUAUCUCCUGGUACAUAUCUUCCACCAGGAGAACCAAGGCUGUUUCAGUCCCAUAACCUGGCUGGAAUGGAUCCAAACAAUAUGCUUCAUUCCGUAAUCCCUGAAGUUGCCUACCCACCACUCAUUCACUCACCUGGCUCAAGGAUGGUAUAUUUGAGACUGGCAGGUAUUUAUUCAUCUCUUCUGGUUCCAGAGUAAGUAUCUUCAGGAGUGGAUGUAUCACUGCCCACUUCAAAGCAGGGGUGACCACCCCCUUUCAAGGAGGCAUAUACUAUCUCUCAGAUCCAGUUCUCCAGCCCUGCCCCAGCCCCAGCAGACUUAAGCGAUGGGUACAUCUCAUUGGAGAGAUAAGUGGAGUAUAACUGAAGUAAAAUAAAAUAAGUACAAUUAUGCAUACGCAAACCUUGCCAUACAUUCUGAAGAAGAAGCAGAUCCAAGUGCAUUGUGUGGAUCUGCUUCCUCCAAUGGAAUUAACGUAGAAACUAUAGCAAGCGGGGAAGUUGUAUAAACAAUUCAGUUACUGGCUGGACCAAGCCAGUGUUAUUAUGGAUGGCUUCAUUCUAAUCCAAGAACCUUUCCUCUAAGUUUUUCUGUCUUGAAGGAAGUCCUUAUAUGUUUGAGAAGUUUAGCAGAAAGGAGUCAUUGGCUUGGAUCCUAUUACUUUUUUCCAUAAAUAGCAGAGCUUUCCACUGUUAUAAGGAAUCUCUUCUAUCUAUGGAAAGUUCUGCCAUCAGUAGAACGGAAUUGUUGGAUCAAAGUCACAGAAUUCAUCCUCAUGCAUAUAGAGAAAAUCCAAUAAAUAAGCACACUUAGUCAUAGCUUGUAAUUGUAAAAUAAGCCAUAUUAGCAACAGCAGGCCAUUACACUUGUUUAAUUUCAAAAUUUUUAGAGCCUUAUUUCUCUUCCUGCUCCCAUCAGUUUCUUUUCUUAUCUUUUACUUGCUGUAUAAUAUCACAGCUACUGUAACCAACACUUCUCCAGUCUCUUUUCAUUCGCAAAGGAUAGCCUUGCUCAAUGUAUCUACCUGAGCGCGAACUCAUAAUAUUGAAAAGUCCUCUUGUGUAUAUUUAUUGUUUUUACCUUUAAAUGUUAGACAUGUACCUAAUAGUGUGGAGUAACAAAGCUCAAAUACACCCAGUUCGCUGGCAUGAAAUGGCAGCCGUCUUGUUUACCCUCAUGGAAACUGAAGUGAUAUUAGACUGCUUUUUUAGUGACAUAUGUUGCCAUGGGGUUUAUUUAUCUUAUUUAUGACAAUUCUGAAGAAGUCACUGUAUACAUCUUUGUUGUUUGAAUUCAGCAAAAGAAAAUUUAUUGCUCUAGAUACAUAAUAGAAUAGAAUCAUCUUCUUGUAUUUAAGAUGUUGCAACUUGAUGGCCCUAAGUUCUGUUUGAGAGUUCCAGUGAUGUAUAGCUGUGUUGGGAGUCUUGGGACCAUGUCAAAUACUUGGUCCCUGUCUACCGCUUAUUGGGGACCUUGGGCCAGUCCACUCUCACCCUAAUCUGAGAUGAUCGGGGCAAUGGGAUAAUGCCAUGUGUGCCAUUUAUGCUUUGGGGCGGAUGCACGAUACAUUUUUAUAUAAGCUACCAGUUGUAAAACUUACUAGAGCUGAGUCACAACAAAUAAGUAGAAUUGAUUUUCAAGUGUAUAUCAAAAUACAAGAUUCCUUAUUAUUAUUUUUAAAAAUAACUAUCCCCCACACCUGCCUACUAUUUAGAAUGCAUUGGCCCUACUCCAUUGUAUUGGAGCAAUUCCUAUUAGAAACAUAUACACCAACAAAGCCCCAUUAGAAAAGCAGUAAUUGUUGCCCAAUGAAUUGUGUGGGGGGUGCAUGGAAUUCUGCAGUUUUUUUUUUAAAGCUAAAUCAACCUGGGCAGGCCAAAAGUCAUCUCCCCAGUUCAUACUUGCCCUCUCCAAACUACUUUUACAUCCAAAGGACUCAAUAUAGCUCCAACAUAUGAUCUGCCCACCAUAAGAUGAAAAGGCAGCUGGGGAGGAUAAUGCUGAGCUGGAGAAACAACAAGGGGGGGAGCCGUUCUCUAUCUUAUCUUUCCUCUGUUCCAGUUUGCAGGUUGCAUAAGCUGAUUUUGCUUAAAUUUUAAAAGAAGAACAGAUAUUGAACUAAUGUUACAUAGUUUGAGCCUCUGGCCACCUAACCAAUCAGUAACAGGAAUGGGAGUCCCCGGGAAACUCCAUGUAAGAAUAGGGAUAUACAUAGAAUCUAAUUAAAAUAAGGGGUUAUCACGUGAAACAUCUGUUUUGUGGGAGGAGCACAAUCCAGACCCCUUCCACUUCCUGGCUAUCUAAUUGGCACCACUACUGAUUUUCAUCAGGGUCUCCUCACAAAACCCGGUACCAGGAUCCGAGGAGGGGCCUGUGCUGCAGAACUGGUUUAUCUACAAAGUUACUCAUCCAGUCAGGGAUAAGAAUAGAGAAGUCUGCUUCUGUGCUCAUAUUGCUUCUAUCCAGACUGGGCCAGUUCUGCCUUUUCCAAAUAUAACUUCACCUUAUCAUGGAAUGACUGUAUGUCGAUUAAGACCAUGACAAAAAGGGGUUGUGUGUUUGUUUGUUUUGUCCUAACUGAAGAUUUGGGUGCCCUUGCCUAAGAAAUAGUUGCAUAUAAUACAUCCUGCCAGCCACUGAAAACAAAGUUAGAAUAUAUUCUUGUCCUGUAUGUGGCAGCAUUACAUAAUUUUAAUGCCCUAUAACUCUAGUAUUUGGUGCUUUCCUUCACUCCCCCCCCCCCCACAUGUGAUGGUUGGGCUAGAAGGAACGACACCAUUCUGGUCAAGAAUUUCAGACGUUCUCAGCUCUCUGCAAUAUUUGGGAAAUAAAUAAGCAAGAAAAUGUUGGUAGGUUGCACAUCUGUGAAUUCCGUUUAAAUUAAAGUUGGUUAUUUUUUUUUUGCAGGUACUGGAGUUUUAUAUAAUUGUUAGAUAAUAUUUUGUAUUUUGAAUACCAAGAAUGUGUAUCCGAUAUUAUAAGAAGACAACAGUCAAAUACGUUUAAGAACUUAUUACUAGUAAAUUAUCUUAAUAGAACUUGUUGUUUAUUUUGUUGUAGGUGUUUCCUUUUGUAAGAUCUGCACUCUGUACAUACAUAUAUAUGUAAAUAACCAGUAUGUAGCUCCUAAUGAAUUUUGCUACAAUCAUCAUGUGCUGUAAUUUUUACACUAAAAAUGUAAGACAUAUUUUUAAAAAUUAAAAUUACCUAUCUGUA